AUGGAGUUUCCGGCGAGCUCCGUCGGUCUGGUCCGUUACGGACCAAACCAGAUGGUCCGUAACGGACCAUGGAUGGAAUAUCAUAUGGACAACGAUCUGAGGGCUCAUUUGGGAAAAGUUACGACGUAUUGUAACUUUUCCAGCUAUGCGACAGUGCUUGAGGGGCUGGACGAGGAGCAUAUUGACUUACUCCAUCGAUCGUUUUUAUGGUCAUUUUAUCCAUUGAAGGACGUGCAGUUCUCUGGACAGAUUAUUGAUUCUUUAUUACUCCGGCUGCUUAAACCAGUCGAUGGCGAUCAGCUAUAUUUUGCUAUGGGGGACGGGAAGGUAUCGAGAUUCUCGAUCCUUGAAUUUGCCCUAAUUACAAGCUUGAGAUGUACCGGGGAAGAAGAAGUUAGAGUCUGUAUUAUACGAAAUAAAAGGUUAUUGGAUUUAUAUUUUGGAGGUAAAGGGCCAGUUACACCACCACAGUUAGAGGACGCAUUUAGGAGAUGCGAUCACAUGUUAGACAAGUUGAAGUUAGGAUUGGUGUAUAUACUGGAGAGUAUAUUGAGGCGUCGACAUCGUAGGACGUCGAUUGAUCUUUUUUCAUUGGAUGUUGUUGAUGAUAUCGAUGCUUUCAACAGCUUUCCAUGGGGUCGGAGAUGUUACACCGAUACUCUCCAUGUAUUCAGAAGGGUACAUACUAUGCCGAAAUCGGAGAGGGGCGAUCGCAAAUAUGAUGUAUAUGGCUUUUGCAUGGCUUUCCAGUUGUGGGCAUAUGAGGCUAUCCCUGCUUUGGGUAGCAAAUGA